AUGGACAAGACAAAGGACACACCGGAUCAUGUACUGACAGAUGUCGUCCCGGAAUCAGGGGGUGGUGCAGAUGCGAUGAUGAUUGGCGCUCAGGAUGACAGUGUCGCUGGGUCUGAAAACAUUCCCUCAGAAAUGACGUUGAGUGUGCCUAAAUACUCCCAGCCGGACUCGAACGACGUAUCCGGCAGCAGGUCUCUGGAGUACCCAGCGAUCAAAAAUUCAGGUACUGAUGCUAGCCCUAUCUCCCAUACUGUCUCGGGGCCAACGCCGGAUGAACCACCGACAGUUGUUCCUCAUACUAUUCAGGCCUCUCCCGGAAUUGCAUUGCGCGGCAGCGCUUCAGGUGUUCCCCGAGCAAAAGCUCCGACGACCAAGAAUGGCUCUGCCCCCAGAGAAACUCUAGGCUCUGUAGGGAGUAUGUCCGCGGAAGAAUUGACCAAGCUCAUUGAAUCGUACUGUGACCCGACUCGAUGGGCUAGCGACGAGUCUCGGAAGGAUUGGAAGAUGUAUGAGACUGAAGAGGAUGGCUUUGAAGACAAUGCUUUUGGCGACGAAGACCCGGAUGACAUGGGAGAUGGAAAUCACAGAAAAUUUCUGUAUCAUAGAGAGACCGUAGGACUCUUGAAAUUACUGUCCGAUACUGCUUCUGCACAGCCUCACCUAGGGAACCUUGUUGAGAAGGUUCGACAAUGGAUGCCAAAGGGACUACUACUCAGUUCGAGACAGUUGCUCGCUGCGAUCCAUCCGGAUAGAUUCCAGAAUCCUGAAAUGAAGAGACAAGCGCACGCAGCUUUUACUGCUAUCCAGGAUGAAUUGAAACGAGACCCCAGCGAGAAAUUCAAGGGUCUCAACCAAUCCGACGAUAUACCGAUGGAUUUCCUCGAGGAGUAUCACGAGAAAGCUCAUGUCCAGGCAACUCCGCAUUUGUCAAGACUGUAUGAAGCUUUUGAAAAUGGCCAAAUCAUGGACAAGGACAGUCCGCAUCUUACGGACACCGUGAGAGCCGCAUAUCGGGAAAUUGACUUGAUCAACACAUCGAUCGAGGAUCAAAAUGCGAAGAUCCGAAACGAGCCGGAGUUUGGUAUGAUCUAUCCCGAACAGAUCAUACAUUGUUGGAGACUUCAUAAAGAAUCGCAUGACCCUUCCAUGUUGUGGAAACUUUGUGAAGCACGCCACUAUCCAAUGGGCUGGACACAUGAGCCUCCUCGUGAGGAUUUUUCCUACGAUCUUGACCGCGGCCAGUACUGGACGUCAAUGCAAGAUCAGAUCACCACUGUCCUCAGGAAGUAUUGGGAUCACUCCUUGCAGAACCUUUCCACCAGCGACAUUUCCAAUGAAAUCGUAACACAGAUCCUGAAGACGAAGGCGGACUACGAAUCUCAAAUGAUUUCAUUCAACCAGUCUCAUGAGCGACCGGAUCGGCUUAAUAUCGUCAACGUUGCGGAUAUCAUGGCUCAUUAUUGUGGUUUGAAGGCCUUCUCUAAGCAGACGAUGGCCGAACAGUUCACGAAUCUCAAGGCUCACUUGGAUCGCUAUUUGGCAUCAAAUGAUCUGCCUCAGACGUGGUCACCCAGUCAGCCCAUGGGAAGUCCAAAUACGACGUCAGCGCUUCAGGUCAAACAGCUUGGCAACGGCAAAGCAGUGAUCAAGUCCAUGCCACAUACCGUCGAUUGUACCGUGAAACCGGGUUAUACAACAUCCGGCGAGAAGAUCAUUGCGAUGCAAAAGAUUGGGGCCUACAGCGCCAGGUUUGUCACGGAGAGCGAAGAUGGAUCCCGUAGAAUCGUAGAUAGUGGGCAAGCCGGUGGCAAACUCGCCAUGGAAGGCGCCUCAAAAGCUGGAGUGCCGUUUACGACAACAUCCUACGGUGACAUUGCUGAGAUCAAAGCGGCACUGCAUCGCGGUGAAUCGUGGGGUUUGACAUAUGUCGCGGUAUCGCAGUGGGAUACUACCAGAGUCAAUGCAAAUGGAGAGACAAAGCUGCCGUACACCGUUGCAGGUAUUUCCCUCAAGGGGUCGGAAUUUCACGUCUCCAAGUCUGUCUUGACCUUCCUGGUUGGUGCAAGCGCGGCUGAAAAGAAUAUUGUCCGAUGCCUGGGAGGUGAUGAGGAUAAUGGCCUGUCUGAGACGUUGAAGAGCAGGCUGCAGCUGGAAGAUUUCCCACACUUGCUGCAGAGUGGAGCACCACGUUCACUCUCCUCUCAACAAUCACUCAUGAUCCAACAGAGUUCUGUCAGUCAAGAAGUUUCAAAGCUGCGACAGGACGUAGAUGGUCUUCUUGUAUUGAGACGUGAAAUGGAGAAGCUCACCGCCGCGGUUACCCAGCUCGUACGACGUAUGCACAUUUGA